CUGCGCAGUCUUCUCGGCGCGCGGGGCGGUGAGGGCCGCGGGCGGGCGGACGCGGCGGGAGCCGAGCCGGGGAGGCCGGGGCCGGACGGGCUGGCGGAGAGCCGUCAUGGCGCCGCGCGGGGCCGGGGCCCGAGCCUCCGCGCGCGACCCGGGCGCCGAGUAGCCGGGCGGGGCCGACGCGCGGCGGCGGUGGGAGCAGCGCCCGCGCCCGCCCGCAGGCCGCCCGGCCGGCGAUGGUGACACAUGCGGCGGCGGCGCGGCGGGACCAUGGUUGAGCGCGCCAGCCGGUUCGUGCUGGUGGUGGCGGGCUCGGCGUGCUUCAUGCUCAUCCUCUACCAGUACGCGGGCCCCGGGCUGGGCCGCGGCGCCCCGGGCCGCGCGCCGCCCGACGACCUGGACCUCUUCCCCACGCCCGACCCGCACUACGAGCGGAAGUACUACUUCCCGACGCGCGAGCUGGAGCGCUCGCUGCGCUUCGACAUGAAGGGCGACGACGUGAUCGUCUUCCUGCACAUCCAGAAGACGGGCGGCACCACCUUCGGCCGCCACCUCGUGCAGAACGUGCGCCUCGAGGUGCCCUGCGACUGCCGGCCCGGCCAGAAGAAGUGCACCUGCUACCGGCCCAACCGCCGCGAGACCUGGCUCUUCUCCCGCUUCUCCACCGGCUGGAGCUGCGGGCUGCACGCCGACUGGACCGAGCUCACCAGCUGCGUGCCCGGCGUGCUGGACCGCCGCGACCCCGCCGCGCUGCGCGCGCCCAGGAAGUUCUACUACAUCACGCUGCUGCGCGACCCCGUGUCCCGCUACCUGAGCGAGUGGCGGCACGUGCAGCGCGGGGCCACCUGGAAGACCUCCCUGCACAUGUGCGACGGGCGCACGCCCACGCCCGAGGAGCUGCCGCCCUGCUACGAGGGCACGGACUGGUCGGGCUGCACGCUGCAGGAGUUCAUGGACUGCCCCUACAACCUGGCCAACAACCGCCAGGUGCGCAUGCUGGCCGACCUGAGCCUGGUGGGCUGCUAUAACCUGUCCUUCGUCCCCGAGGGCCGGCGGGCCCAGCUGCUGCUGGACAGCGCCAAGAAGAACCUGCGGGGCAUGGCCUUCUUCGGCCUGACGGAGUUCCAGCGCAAGACGCAGUACCUGUUCGAGCGGACGUUCAACCUCAAGUUCAUCCGGCCCUUCAUGCAGUACAACAGCACCCGGGCGGGGGGCGUGGAGGUGGACGCGGACACCGUGCGGCGCAUCGAGGAGCUCAACGACCUGGACGUGCAGCUCUACGACUACGCCCGCGACCUGUUCCAGCAGCGCUACCAGUACAAGCGGCAGCUGGAGCGCAGGGAGCAGCGGCUCCGGAGCCGCGAGGAGCGCCUGCUGCACCGCGCCCAGGAGGCGCCGCGGGAGGAGGCGGAGGAGCCGGGCCGCGUGCCCACCGAGGACUACAUGAGCCACAUCAUCGAGAAGUGGUAGCGGCAGCUGGAGGCCCCUGGGGAGGGGAUGUCAGAGGGACGGCUCGCGGCUGUCGGCACUCGGGUGAGGGUCCCGGGUCCGCUCCCCGAGGGCAGGUGCGUCCGGAACUAAGACGGGAUGGGCAGUGGCCCGGUGGGGCUGGUGCUCCCAGUUCCCAGGCCUGGGUCUGAGGAACCCAUCUGUGCCGCCCACAGGCUCAGAGGAGGGCGAGCGGAGGCCAGGGGCCUGCACGGGCCGGGAGGCAGCAGCCCGCUGGGCCCUCACUUCACAGCAGCUGGAGGUUUGAAGAUAAGGGACAGACCAUGGAGCCGAGAGUGGGGAGUGGCCCUGCAGACCAGGGAGAAGUGGCCCCUGCCCGCUGCGCACGCCCCUCUCUCUGGGGCUGUCCGGCUUGAGCCAUCCCACGGCCCUGGGCCUCCAGCCCCUCCUCGGGCCCGUGAGCCCUUGAGGUGUCAGGAGGGGGCGCUACCCUCACCUGUGUUCAGCACGGGCCUCCCCUCUGAAGCCAGGAGGACUCUGGUCCAGCCUGGGAGCCCCCCCCCCCCCCACCUCCUGCUUUGGGUCAGAAGGUUAGACACACCUCCUGCCCCACCCCUUUUCUGUCCUCACCGACAGGAGGCAUGGAGAGUGCAGCCAGGAGUGGGAGCGGGAAGGCUGCCCCUGAGCCCGCCGAAGGGUGCCCCCAUCAGCCCAGCUCAGUCAGGGGCCGUAACUGAGGGCCCCUGCCCUGUCCUCUGGCCCCUGGUACUUGUGAGGACUGCCUGCCCCGGAGCCCCAGCCCGCUGCUCUCUGCCCCCAAUCCCCCCUCCGGCCCAUUUAUACCCGUCCAGCUCGGGCCAAGGUGGUUCUGGACAGCAGGACAGGAGUGCGGGCUCUCAGGUUCCUGGCUGGUCAGGAGAAACGGCUCCAGACUCCCUGGCACCCACCCUUGGGCCCCCAGCAUUGCCCCGCCCCCCUCACCCAAGGCUGGCAGGCCCUGCAAACUGGAACGCCAUGCUCUGAGGCACACCCUUCCAAAUGAGGCCCCACACCUGGGCUUCGGGAGCUGAGUGAGCCGCACACUGAGGACCCGCGCCCGUUCCAGGAGAGGCAGCGGGUGGGGCACAGGCCGCUCAGAGGGUCCAGCCAGGGCAGCAGCCUCACAGGCAGGUCCCACCCAGGUCCCGGCGGCCCCGCUGCCCAGGAGGGAGGGUGCGAGCAGGAGCCUCUGGUCACAGGACGCCAGUUGGGGUCCGUGAGGCGGCUGUCCACAGGGAAGGGCUUUGUCCUGUGAGCUUCCUGUACUGGCCACUCUGUCUUGUGUCCAAGGCCGAGCAGCCAGCGGGCCGGUGGGCGUUGCCAGUCCAGCCCGGGCCCCGCACCCGGUGACUGACUUCGUGGCCCUGAAAGGGAAGCAGAGGACAUGGCGGAGGCGGGGUCUGCACCGACGCGCAGCACAGCUGCAGGCGCAGGAGCUCGGGAGCGGCCGGCUCGGCUCAGCGGCCGGUUCCGGGGUGACCUGAGCCAGGACCUGGCUGCACGCGGGGGAAUGUUUCAACCACGGCCUGUGCCCGUUCCCACGGAAACAUGGUCCCUCCUCGGUUCCUUGACUGCGUCUGGAAAGCAGUGCUGUCUCGGCCAGCGCCCGGAAGAGGUGGAAGAGGUGCCCGGAGGAGGUGGGGCAGGCCGCUCCCCGCAGCCCCUCGCACGUCCCACACAGGCCGCCUGCUGUACGAGGGUCCCGGGCCUACCGACUGCCGCUGUGCCCGGGGCAGGGCUCCUCCAGGGCACAGGCGGCCCCGCCCAGACUCCUCCUGGGCGGCCAGGCCAGUGUGCCCGAGCCUGAACUCUGAGAACUGGAAGUGUUUAACUUGGACCAAGGAGCAUUUAAAGCUUUAUUUAUUUAUAGCUUCUUGUUUAAAAACGAAGUGUUGAGAAGAAAUCUGGUUAUUCAUACAAAAACUGAGUUGAUGGGAGACAAGUCAUAAUCCAAUUGUUUUUGUCGAGGACAAGAGCGAAUGUUACUGAUGAAAUAAACCCUGAGAAGGAG